CCUUCGACCCACAACAAAGAUAAACCUUGGGACACACCUGACAUCGACAAAUAGACGAUUCGGGAGUUUCUUCCUGAAGACAAUGCUUCGGGCUUACCAUUUUCAGAAGAGUCCAGUUUCAUGACUCUGUUUCCAAAAUACCGAGAAGUGUAUCUAAGGUCAGUGUGGAACGACGUCACCCGCGCAUUGGACAAAUGCCACAUAUCAUGCGCCCUGGAUUUGGCGGAAGGUUCGAUGACAGUGAAAACAACAAGAAAAACAUUCGACCCAGCCAUUAUACUCAAGGCCAAAGAACUCAUAAAGCUUCUUGCUCGCUCUGUGAGCCAUGACAACAAAACUCUCGAAUGCUCUAGUUGA